AUGGAUGCGCCUUGGCUGGCUCCAGCUGCCGUGGUAGGCGUUAUUGCUUGCAUUGGUCUCGUUUGUUUAUUGGCAAGACCUUGUGCUGGAGGUGUAUGUCGUAGUCGAGCUCGAUUGGAUAAUAAGACUGCUAUCAUUACAGGAGCAAACACAGGUAUUGGCAAGGAAACCGCUGCAGAUUUUGCAAGAAGAGGUGGCAGAGUUAUUCUCGCAUGUCGGAGCAAAGCCAAAGGCGAAAUUGCUGCUGAAGAGAUCCGUCAUGCUACUGGCAAUGAUAAUGUUGUGUUUAAGUGUUUAAAUUUGGCAUCGUUUCAAUCCAUUCGAAGUUUUGCUGAAGAUAUUAACAAAAAUGAGAAAAGCCUUGAUAUUUUGGUUAACAAUGCUGGUUUAGUCGUUGAAAGGCAAUUAACGGAAGAUGGUUUAGAAAUGAUUAUGGGAGUGAAUCAUUUUGGUCAUUUUUUAUUAACAAAUUUGCUAUUGAAUAAAAUGAAAGAAAGCAAAAAUGCUCGUAUAGUGGUGGUAGCUUCCUACGGCUAUUCAUUCGUACGAUCGCUUGAUUUCGAUGAUAUUCAAAAUGAGAAAAAUUUUUCAGCCUUUAACGUCUACUGUCAAAGCAAAUUAGCUAAUGUAUAUUUUACGCGAGAGCUCGCAAAACGAUUGGAAAGUGACGGUAUUCUUGUCAAUUGCCUGCAUCCAGGAGGCGUCAUGACUGACAUCUGGCGUGAUAUGAAUAAAUGCCUCAAAGCUUUUGCAUAUCCGUUUGCUUUGAUGCUUUUCAAGACACCAAAAGAAGGCGCUCAAACUACGAUACAUCUUGCAGUUUCUGAAGACAUAGACGGUCUUAGUGGUCACUAUUUUGAAGAUUGUCGACCUGUAAAGAUGAAACCUCACGCUCUUGAUGAUGAAGCUGCUAAACGAUUAUGGGAUGUUAGUGAAGAGUUAACUGGCCUAUCCGUACAUUAA